GCGUGCUGCGUUGAAGUGUGUAGUCGUCCGGUUUAAGAAUGUAGUUAGCAUUGUUGUUAUAAUUGUGACGUCGCAGAAUGUAGCUGAAGUAUGUCCACGGCCGACAAUUAGAGCCUCUAAUUAGGACGUGUGUCUCUGUACUGACAGUCAGUGGUGAUUAAACGGAAACCGAAGGCAAAUUCUGAAAGUGAAAUGAGCAGUCUGAAGUUCAAAUUCGGCGGGUUCCUGGCGGUCAUGCUGUGCUGGGUGCUCCUAGUGCUGUACCUGGGGACCCUGCUAGAGUGGGUACCAGCCACGUUCAUCUUCCGGCACCCCCACGCCGGCCAUGUCAUCUCUAGCAUGACCUCGCUACCCGCUAUCAGAACACAGACCACCGACGUCAGUCGGCGUCGGGAUGCGACAGUCCGGGUGCUCAUUGCCAGCGACGGGUUCUGCCUGGGCGGACUGGUGAGCGCGGUGAACAGUGUGCUGCAGCACACCCGACACGACGUCAAGUUCUACAUCGUCACGACGGCGGAGGAGCUGCCCCAUCUCAGGAAGUGGAUCGAGGCGACCAAGCUGCACAAGAUGACGUACGAGCUCCACGCUCUGCCCGCCUUGGGACUCCAACACGUGAAGAUACGAGCCACGGAGCUGUUCCCGGAGCUAGGGGGCCGACUCGUGUAUCUCGACUGUGACGUCAUAGUGCAAGGCGACAUCUGGGAGCUGUUCUCGGCCAACAUCCGACCCAACCACUACGGAGCCUUCUCGCAGAACUGUGUGGGGCCUGCCGCCGACAUGCCACAGGUCAGAAAGCCCCGCUACGGCGCCUUCGUCAACCUGAGGCACAGCGACCUGAGGGCACCCAACAUGGACAAGGACGACUGCCCCUUCGCGACGGGGGUAUUCGUGGCCAACCUGACGCUCUGGAGGUGGCACCGUGUCGCGGAGAAAAUGCAGCAUUGGCUCGCGGUCCACAGACGGGAGAAGAUCGUUGGCACUCACACCACAGCCGAUGUGGUCGAAGCAGCCAUGCUGAUUGUACUGUACGGAAAUGUGACCGUCCUGGAUCCGAUGUGGCACGUUCAACAUCUCGGUGCGAGCUACAACAGUCGGUACUCAAAGCAGUUCAUAGAGAGUGCCAAGCUAUUACACUGGAGCGGGCGCUUUAAACCGUGGAGUCACCGAGCUGCACAUGCGCAAGUGUGGGACCGAUACUACAUUCCAGACCCAACCGGUCAGUUUCGGCCUGCCCGCAAGAGGGACCGAGAGGGGUUAGCACAUAGGUAACAUACAAGUGACACUAGGUGAAGAGGGUUCCUUUUAUGAAAUCACCUACUCAGUUCAUAUGUGAAAUGGUGCCAUCACCUGAAAGUGGUAACGGUGCUAUCCAGAAUACCAAGGCAUGCUGAUUUUUACUGAAAGAAAUCAGAUUGGAAUAUGGGCCUUCGGAAAGUAGAAAAAAGGUCCAUUGGAGAAUAGUCACUUCCAUUCAGAAGGUUCAAAACGUAUUUAAAAGAUUUAUCCUCAUGCUCCCCGCACAACUGGCAUAGCUAAACGGGUUUCUAAACGGCAGCUGGAUGAAAGAAUUUAGAACGAAACGGACUGGCCUACUUUGAAGGACUGUUGUCUGUCCAUUAGGUUUCAAUCCACCUCAAGGAAAUCACGAAACAUUACUCUCACCACCAACAUAUCCAGAGCUAAAUGCUUGCUGCAGAGUCAAUUCAUUUAUUUACUCCAUUAUGAACCAGCCAGAAAAAUCUCUUUCAAGACUUGGACUGUUCUAAAAUUAGUGUAUGGCAUACUGCUAUAAUUGGCCCACUACACCCCAGAGGGUUGGAAUCACCUCAAAUUAUAUGCUCAGCGUCACUCGCAACUGGGGCAACACCGGCUACUCUGGCUGUUUUUGUGGUAUUCCCUCCAUGCAAAUGUCAGGCUAGCAUCUCACUAGUCAUGACCACUUCCUUCCAAAUCAUUAUUCAUCAUUUCCUGCUAUAGAGUGUAGUCACUGGCAGCAACUUAAACAACUGCCCCCAGCCCACCAAAAAAAGGCCUAAUCCACAUGCUCCAGGAAAUAUAACAAUGGGCAUAUUUACUGUGUGGCAUGUGCGUCAGGACUUCUAAAAUCUUUGCCUUGCUUGCUGUCAAAAUCCGAGCACUACAGUACACUCAACCAACCUGGUAACAAACAAGAUGCUGUGCUUCUGUGAUGUUCAUGCACCCCCUGAUUUAACCCCAAGAGUAGAUGUGCUGUAUCUGGCCACAUGAAACGUUUAGAGCUCUCAUAUUUGGGAGUGCAUUGGAGAUGAAGCUUUGAUUUGAUGGACAAGGGAGCCGAAUGCUGACCAACAGGGAGUGACCAUCUGGUUAGUGAAUAGAGAUGAUGAAGUUCCAAUAAUUAAAACCAUGGACUAGAAUGGGGAGAGGUAAGUUCCUGCAUAGUUAAAAGACGGACGACAGAAACCGACAGCAACUAACACUGUGAUGGCACAUAAAGAAACACAUGUAACAACUUUAAAAAUAAAAUUACUUCCUGGUACUCUGGUUCCCAGGAGCUGUUUGUUUUUGUACUGUACUGAAGGUCGCAGGUUCAAGACCCGAUGAGGUCAUUGGACUUUUUUCAAAUGACCUAAUCCUUCUGGCCG